AUGGACCGAGCCACCGCUGCUGCUGCCGUCGCCGCCGGGGACCAGAAUGUCAAGCUAUCAGCCGAAGUAGAGCCAUUUGUUCCUCAGAAAAAGACUCCUGAUACACUUAUGAUCCCAAUGGCACUUCCAGGUGAUAGUGGAAGUGUGGGUGGAGUGGAACCAACUCCAAUUCCCAGCUACCUGAUUACUUGUUACCCGUUUGUGCAAGAAAACCAGUCUAAUAGACAAUUUCCAUUAUAUAACAAUGACCUACGAUGGCAACAACCGAAUCCAAAUCCUCCAGGGCCAUACCUUGCUUAUCCCAUUAUAUCUGCUCAACCACCUGUUUCUACAGAAUAUACAUAUUACCAGUUGAUGCCAGCUCCAUGUGCCCAAGUCAUGGGGUUUUAUCAUCCUUUUCCUACACCUUACUCCAGCACCUUUCCAGCAGCAAAUACUUUAAAUACUAUUCCUACAGAAUGUACUGACCGCCCAAAUCAGCUUGGACAAGUCUUUCCACUGUCCAGCCAUAGAAGCAGAAGUAGUAACAGAGGCCCCAUUGUUCAGAAACAGCAGCAACUUUUACAGCAACAUGUAAAAACUAAAAGGCCACCAGUAAAAAGUGUAGCUACUCAGAAAGAAACCAGUGCAGCAGGACCUGAUAAUCGGUCAAAAAUUGUGCUUCUGGUGGAUGCUUCCCAGCAAACAGAUUUUCCAUCAGAUAUCGCUAACAAGUCUCUUUCAGAAAGUACUUCUACAAUGCUCUGGAAAUCAAAAGGAAGAAGGAGAAGAUCAUCCCACCCUACAGCAGAAUCCUCUAGUGAGCAAGGAGCUAGUGAAGCUGACAUUGACAGUGAUAGUGGUUACUGCAGUCCUAAACACAGCAACAAUCAGGCUACAGCAAUGACUUCCAGAAAUACUGAUUCUAGUUCAAUUAAUCUUAUGGAACCAUCAAUAUGUUCAGGUGGGACAAGUUGGUCCAAUGUAACUUCUCAGGCAACUCAGAAAAAACCUUGGAUGGAAAAAAGUCAGCCGUUUUCUAGAGGUGGAAGGCAAACUGAGCAAAGAAAUAAUUCACAGGUUGGAUUCAGAUGCCGUGGACAUAGCACAUCUUCAGAAAGAAGACAGAGUUUACAGAAGAGACAAGACAAUAAACCAUUAAACAACCAUUCUCAUAGAGUAGAAGCAAGUUCUGACCCAUUAUAUUUUGAGGAUGAAGAUGAAUUUACAGAACUGAAUGAGACUGGAAGUGCUAAAGAUGAGAACAUUCAACAAAAAAUUUCUGCAAAAGUAUUGGAUGACUUACCUGAAAAUUCACCAAUUAACAUAGUUCAGACUCCAAUUCCUAUAACAACCUCUGUACCUAAACGUGCAAAAAGUCAAAAGAAGAAGGCUUUAGCAGCAGCACUUGCCACAGCUCAGGAAUAUUCAGAAAUCAGUAUGGAGCAAAAAAAAAUACAGGAAGCUUUAUCAAAGGCAGCAGGCAAAAAGAGUAAGACUCCUGUGCAGCUUGAUUUAGGGGAUAUGUUAGCAGCUCUGGAAAAGCAACAGCAAGCAAUGAAAGCUCGGCAAAUCACCAAUACCAGACCAUUAACAUAUACAGUGGUCAGUGCUGUUCCUUUACAGUCUAAAGAUUCUGCCAACAGAAAGUCUUUAACCAAAAGUCAACCCUGUUUGGCACCUCUUAACCCUUUGGACACUACUUCCCCCAAAAUAAAAAGAGGAAAAGAGAAAGAAAUUGCAAAACUUAAACGACCCACAGCACUUAAAAAGGUUAUUCUGAAAGAGAGAGAGGAAAAGAAAGGGCGUUUCACUGUAGACCAUAGUCUUCUGGGAUCUGAGGAGCCAAUAGAGAUGCCCUUAGAUUUUAUUGAUGAUUUGCCACAGGAGAUUGCCUCCCAGGAAGAUACUGGACUAAGUAUGCCUAGUGAUACUUCACUCUCUCCAGCAAGUCAGAAUUCGCCAUACUGCAUGACACCUGUGUCACAGGGCUCUCCUGCCAGCUCAGGGAUAGGCAGUCCAAUGGCAUCUUCAGCAAUUACCAAAAUCCACAGCAAAAGAUUUCGAGAGUACUGUAAUCAGGUUCUCUGUAAAGAAAUUGAUGAAUGUGUGACUCUGCUUCUUCAAGAGCUUGUUAGUUUUCAGGAGCGCAUUUACCAAAAGGAUCCGGUAAAAGCAAAAGCAAGAAGACGUCUAGUUAUGGGCCUUCGGGAGGUUACCAAGCAUAUGAAGUUAAACAAGAUCAAGUGUGUUAUUAUUUCUCCCAAUUGUGAAAAAAUACAGUCAAAAGGUGGCUUAGAUGAGGCACUUUAUAAUGUUAUAGCUAUGGCACGGGAACAGGAAAUCCCCUUUGUCUUUGCACUUGGACGGAAAGCUCUGGGUCGCUGUGUGAACAAGCUGGUGCCUGUCAGUGUUGUGGGAAUUUUCAACUACUGUGGUGCUGAGAGCCUGUUUAAUAAGUUGGUAGAAUUGACUGAGGAAGCCAGGAAAGCUUAUAAAGACAUGGUGGCAGCAAUGGAACAAGAACAAGCUGAAGAAGCCUUGAAGAAUGUUAAGAAGGUUCCCCACCACAUGGGCCAUUCCCGGAAUCCUUCUGCAGCAAGUGCAAUUUCUUUUUGCAGUGUUAUUUCUGAACCCAUCUCUGAAGUUAAUGAAAAAGAAUAUGAAACAAAUUGGAGAAAUAUGGUGGAAACUUCAGAUGGACUAGAAACAUCCGAAAAUGAGAGAGAUACUUCAUAUAAGGUCAUUUCACUUGAAACAUCCAAUAAAGUUCCAAAUGACAAAGUUCUUGUUAAUAAACAGCUACCCUCAGUGACUACUGGUGGCACUGCCUCAACUACAAACCCUGGGAAAUGUACAGUGAGUGACAAAGAAGAAGUGAAGCCGGAUGACCUAGAAUGGGCAUCACAGCAAAGUACAGAGACAGGAUCUUUGGAUGGGAGCUGCCGAGAUAUUUUGAAUUCUUCUAUCACCAGUACUACAAGUACUCUUGUACCAGGGAUGCUUGAGGAAGAAGAGGAUGAAGAUGAUGAUGACGAUGAAGAUUACCCCCAUGAACCCAUAUCUGUAGAAGUGCAGCUCAACAGUAGGAUCGAAUCAUGGGUCUCAGAAACCCAGAGAACUAUGGAAACCCUUCAGCUUGGGAAAACCCUUAAUGGAGCAGAGGAAGACAAUAUAGAACAAAGUGGAGAAGAAGAAAUAGAGGUUCCAGAGCAGACAGAUCCAGUAAAUGACAGUGAGGAAUGGACUGCUGAUAAACAAGCAAGCAGUGUCCAAGAGAAACCCAACAGCUGUAAUUCUCCUAAUAAAGAACAUUCUGAUUCUAUUACAACAUAAAAAAUGCAUAACUCAGGAAAUUAAAAAAUAUAUACAUAUAUAUAUAUAAAUUAACUGUGUAAGGGUUGCAGCCAUUACCUUUUAUGCUUCAUCUCAACAUUUUGCACUGUUAAAUGUUUAAUAAGUGUA